AUGAGUUCCUCAAAUCCUCUUUCCCUCUCUCCAACGGAAUCACACAAAACAGUACCAAACCACCACGACGAGGCUGAGACAGAGCCAACAAAGUUCAAGAAGAAUCAGAAACGGUACCAAGACCUAAUUGCCACCUUUCCUCACAUGAAAGGUUGGAGACCGAAAGCUCCGUUGAUUAAGUACCGUGGCUGCUGGUUCGUACAGCGUCUUCUGGAAGGUUGCCUUUAUGCGCAAGAGUUCUUCCAAGCGCGGUCCAUUGACUUCCUCAUUUGUAGCUCCGCAAAGACAGGUACCACUUGGCACAAGGCUCUAACUUUCGCCAUCAUCAAUCGAUCUCGCUUGGACGAUCACUCCAACCCUCUACUAAAAUGUAACCCUCAUGAGCUUGUUCCUUUCAUUGAGAUCGAAUUUGCUUUCUUCCCUCAAGUUGAUGUCAUCAAAAACAAAGGAAACACUCUAUUUUCAACUCAUGUACAGCACGGGUUAUUACCGGACUCUGUUGCGAAAUCUGGUUGUAAGAUGGUUUACAUAUGGAGAGACCCGAAGGACACUUUCAUCUCCAUGUGGACUUUCUUCCAAAAGCAAAGGUCAGACUUAGGCCCUCUCAUUACUCUUGAGGAGUCUUUUGAUAUGUUUUGUCAUGGUGUUUCUGUGUAUGGUCCUUAUCUAGAUCAUGUCAUGGGGUAUUGGAAAGCUUACCAAGAGAAUCCAGAUCAGAUUCUGUUCCUCAAGUACGAGACAAUGAGAGCUGAUCCAUUGCCGUAUGUGAAGAGAUUGGCUCAGUUUAUGGGAUAUGGAUUCACAGCUGAGGAAGAGAAGAAAGGAGUUGUUGAAAAAGUUGUGAAUCUUUGCAGUUUUGAAACGUUAAAGAGUCUUGAAGUUAAUGAAGGGGAGAAAAUCAGAGAAGACAUUCCUUUGGCUCAUUUCUCGAACAGUGCUUAUUUCAGGAAGGGGAAGGUCGGAGAUUGGCACAACUACCUGACUCCGGAGAUGGCAGCUCGAAUCGAUGGACUGAUGUAUGAGAAAUUUAAGGGCUCUGGCUUGCUUGAACAUGAUACAUGA